AUGUCGGACCUCUCAGGUUCGCGCUCCCCGGUCCCUCCUCCCCCUCCGCCUCCGCCACAGAAGUAUUCGAACCGCGCUGCCAAUGCCCUUGCUAGAUUCGCUCAACCCUUCUUCUCGGGCUCGAGGCCACCCAGUCCUCAAAGUAGUCGUGCGGAUGGUCCCCGGUCGAUCAGAUCCAAAUCGCUACCAGGAGAGCCGCAAACUGUCACCCACAAAACCGGUAUCGCAAUCUCGGCGCUAGACAUCUCGCCCGAGGGGACGCAUGCGGUGAUCGCAGGCAAGGAGAUUCUCAAAACCAUCCAGGUCUCGCCGAAUCGCUCGUCGGAGGAAUUUAAUAUUCGCAAUGCGGUUGUCAGCUAUGCGUCCACCCACCAUGAUGCGGGAGUUUCGAUGCCACACAAGGACCAAUUAAAUGUGAAGGAUGUGAAAUGGUCACAUGGCAACCAUGACCGAACAAUCGCAACUGCAGUCGCGAAUGGUCGAAUUGUUGUUUACGACCUACAGCGGCCCGGCCUUCAAUUGUGUCGUUUCCAAGGCCACAACCGCCAAGUUCAUAGGCUUGCCUUCAACCCCCAUCGCCCUUCCUGGCUUCUGUCUGGCAGUCAAGAUGGCACAAUCCGGAUGUGGGACUUGCGGUCUGCCUCCGCGAAUCGGGGAACUUCCACGUGCGGUAGCAAACAUUCGUAUCAGGGCAACAGCGAUGCUAUCCGGGACGUUCGGUGGUCUCCCAGCGAUGGGGUUGUGUUUGCGACCGCUUCGGACAGCGGCGCCAUACAGAUGUGGGAUUAUCGAAAGGUCAAUGCGCCGUUGAUGAGAAUCGCCGCUCAUGAUCGCCCAUGUUUCGCAGUUGACUGGCAUCCAGACGGGAAACACAUUGUCAGCGGUGGCACAGACCGCCAGGUAAAGGUGUGGGACUUUUCUUCGUCUGCAGAACGACGGCAGAAACCCGCCUUCCAGUUCCGAACUCCCCAGGCAGUCACGAAUGUGCGCUGGCGGCCCCCUUCUUGGGUUGGCGAGUCGCCUGCGUCAGGAGAAUGGCAAUCAUCUCAAAUUGUCACUUCCUACGACAAAGAAGACCCGCGCAUCCAUCUCUGGGAUCUCCGCCGCCCGCAUGUUCCAUUUCGCGAGUUCGAUCGGUACGAUACUCCUGCAUCCGAUCUGCUCUGGCGCUCCAAGGAUCUCUUAUGGACGGUCGGCGAAGCAGGAGCUUUCACGCAGACUGAUGUUCGGUAUGCACCUGCGGUGGUCAAUCGCCGUCCGAUGUGCUCAGUGGCCUGGAGCCCCAAUGGCGAGUUUGUUGCCUUCGGUCAACAACGGCCCAUGCGACGCCCGCUGGGAGUCAAUGCCUCUGAACUUCUACUCCCCGAAGAGGACGAGGAUAGCUUGGGCGAGCAAUCGUUGAGCCGAAGUCCGACAGAUGAUAUCUUCGAUGAAGCGGCUUUGGCUACCUCCCUUCGGAACCAGCCUACCAAAUCGGCCGGGAUUCGACCCUCGAAGUCGCUGGGCAGCACCCCACCGAAAACAGUGGAUCUUACGCCGGUACUUCCUCUAGAACAAGCAUUGGCCAAGAUUGCAACCCCGAUGCCUAGUCAGGUUGGAACCAUUGCAAGUAUUCCAGGCGCCACGAACGACCCGGCAGUCUUUCGGUAUUUGGCCAGCCAUUACACACCGUUGAUCGAUGAGCACCACGAACAUAAAACACAGGCCGAAGUUUUGAACUCUUUGGUUCAGUCACUGGAUCACAAUGCUGAAUGUGCAGAUGAUGUUUCUCAGGCCCAGUUAGCACAAACCUGGAGAAUAGUCAAAUUCGCCAUUCUUCAAGAACUUGAGCGUAGAGCUAGAGAUCAUCCGCCAAGAGGCAAAGACAGAUUAUCCAAGGAUGGUAGCUUAAUCGGCAAAUCGCGCGAUGAUGGUCAUAAAAUCAAAAGCCGAUUGUUCAAAAGUGUCAUGGAGGCGGUUCCCGAGGCUGAUAGCACGUCUAACAUGCCCACUCCUCUUGCGCGGCCAUUGCCUGAUUCCCCCAAGGACUCGUGGUCGAGCACCGACUCUCAAAUUCCUUCGUUGAGUGAUGGUAUGAUCGACCUUGACCCACUCCCGCCUUCGGUCUUGAGUGACCACAACGGUUGGGGAAUAUCGGACUCGGGUACCCGACAUAUACCCUUGCCACGGCGACAUUCUUCCAUUGAUGAUACUCAUUCAUUAGGUCAUUUACGGGACCCAAGACAAGAAGACUUGGAUAGUGAGCAAAGGUCUGCGCCUCGGGCAAUUGCCGGCCAAGCAGAUUGGCGCCGUCGUGGUCACCCGGACUUUCCUCCAGAAAAUUCCGAAGAUGACUAUGACCAAAAGCUGGAGGAUAAACGUGCAGCGAUUCGUGACUACAAGCAAUAUCACAAGAAGCCCUUGAAUCUCGAAUCGCCAAUGGAAUCUAACCGGCCUCCUCGUUCCGAGCAUUACCAAAACUCCUCAGAGAGUUUCCCCAUGUUUUCUACAUCUGACAGUUCGCAUCCCUCUAAGUCUAUCGGCGCGUCAUACUCGUCCAACGGGCAACUCGAGUCUCAAUUUUUGGACCCUGGACAAUCUGCCAAUCGACUCUCGGGGACAUUGAGGAGAGGAUCGGUUCUAGCCUCUACACGCGAGGAAUCGGAAGAUGAGUUGUUUGACCAAGUUGUUUCAGGGACGGAUCGGCUCCAUCUGGAGCGCCCAUCCAGCCCUCCAACCUUGAUAACAGAAUCAACUCCUCUUCAAGAACUUGCAAAAUUAGACAACAUGCCUUGGCUAGGUGCUAUGCCUUGUUCAUCAAUACAAGGGAUCUCACGAGUCCAAAUUCCCCUCACACCGGAUGGAACAGACUUGAAGCCAUGGGGCAUCGAAGCGAUCUUGAAAGAAGCAGUCCGAUACUAUCAUAGCAGCAGUAGCUCGGUCGAUAUUCAGACCGCAGCACACCUUCUUCAGAAGCUUCACAUUCUUUUCCGAGAUUGUGAACAAAUUCUACCAUAUGAGGAAUGUGAAAUGGUGUUCAAAACUUACAAUGAGCAUCUCAUUCGACACUCGAUGGAUCUGGAGGCGGCAGAGUUGCGCCUGUCUUGUGUAUCAAAUUAUCCCGCCGUUUACGACUAUGCUCAGACAGAUUCGUUUAUCAAUGUCUAUUGCCAUACCUGCCAACGACCCUUCGAAAAUUCCACUCAAGAUAAUACUCGGUGCCAUCGGUGCAAUACACCUCAAGCGCCAUGCUCCAUUUGCAUGAGCCUUGAGCCACCCGCAGAAUGGGUUUCAGAGCAGCAUCUAGACGAGACUCCUGAUUCAAACUCCGAAACCAGUUCCAACUCUUCGACGCAGUCUUCGGUUCCUACUGAGCCCGUUCCAGACUCAGAAAUCAAGAACCUCGAGCCUUUCACGGUACCUCGGCCUAAGGGCUCUGCCCUCUGGACCUGGUGCCAAGGCUGCGGCCAUGGAGGCCAUCUAGCCUGCAUCACAACCUGGCUAGGCGAUAUCUCAACCAGCGAAGGUGGUUGUGCUACAGCCGGCUGCUUACACGACUGCGGGCCCGGUCCACGUCGCGAAUUGAACCGCCAAGCCCUGCAAGCGGAAUCCAAGCGCCGCGAUUCCACUAGUCGAUCUGCCGGCGUCGGCCUCGUCAAGCGUGAUCCCUGGACUAAGGGUGAAAGCAAGGCAGUCGAAAAGGUCCGCGGCAUGCUGGGUAUUGCUGGAGUUGCCGCCGCCACCGGUGGCAGUGGUGCUGGUCCGGUCACCAAUACUUCCUCCCCGGUACCGGUUUCGCCCGGCGCUAUGUCGCCUAAGAGGGUGCGACUUGUUACCCCGAAUGAGCAAGAGUCCGCUCGGACGGCUCCCCCGUCAAGAGACUGA